AUGAAGAGGCAUCAUAGAGAGGACUCGGCUUCUCGCAGCAAGAAGGCCCGUGCCCCUAGUGUAUCGGACGAGGAAGGUACCAACGGGUGCAUCAACUCUCCGAAGAAGUACAAAAGUCCUCCACGAAAGGCUCUAUUGAGACGUCCUUCACGCGAAGACAGAUCAGUUGAUAAAUAUGACCAACAAGGUUCGAGACAAACAUUCUUACUUCGACCUAAUCCUGCAGCAAAGUUUGUCAGUAGCAACAAUUCCAGCCGCUCAUUUAACCCCCACAGUGACUACUCAAGUUCAAGGAAAUCCUAUGCGCCAUCAAGUGAUCGACUAUCUAGCCAUUCGUCAAAGUCAUUGGUUAAUUCUUCCAAUCGAGUUAAUCCUAUGUUGGCAGCAAGUCUUGCAUCAUCAGGGAAAUUACCAAACCUUCCAAUUCCUCUUGGGUCCAAACGGGGUUCAUCUGCAACGGUUGCGGCGGUAGCCGCAGCUGCGAUGAACGCAGCCGCAAUGGCUGCAGCAUUAGGUGCCGGAGGUGUAAUAUCGAGCAAACAAAUGUCACAUAUAACCAAAGCACUUGCAUCUGCUACUCGAACUGGUCGUGAUCAUCAUGGUUCAUCGUCACACAGACCUCCGCGGAGUUCCAGUGAUAGGUAUACAGGUGAAGAUUCAAGAAGCAGUCGUCGAAAAACAACUAGUAAGGAAAAAGAUAUGCUUAGCAUUUUCAAUGCUCGUUACGCUCGUCCAGUAGAACAUCGCAAUCCCGAGGAUGAUCCUAAUGCAACAAGAACAUUAUUUCUGGGUAAUUUGCCACCAGAUGUCGAGGAACCUGAACUGAGGAAGCUUUUCGAACGUUAUGGUAUAAUUGAAGAUAUUGAUAUUAAGCGCCGUGAACUAGAAACUGGAGCAACCGCAUUCGCUUUUGUUCGAUAUCUUAGUCUAGACAUGGCACACCGCGCAAAAGUUAAUUUAUCUGGACAAAUGAUAGGUGAAUACAGAUUCAAAAUUGGUUAUGGGAAAGUUAUUCCCACACGAUGCCUAUGGGUUGGUGGAUUGGGUCCAUGGACAAAUUAUCCUGAGUUCGCAACCCUUGUUAAUAGUAUCAGCGCACCUGAGAAAAUUAUCUGGCCGUCUGGUAAAAACUAUGCUCAUAUUCUUUAUUGUGAUAGCGAGUCUGCAGCUGUUGCAGCUGAUCUUUUACGUGGAUAUCCGUUAGGAAAAAGUCAUAAACGGAUCCGAGUGGACUUCACUGAUGAGUCACAUAUGUUUAGAGAUCCUAAUUGGAAACGGUUGAAAAGAAAUUCGUCCACAGAAUCAAGUCCCAGGCACUACUCAUCCAGAAGAUCACUGACACCUCGAAUAAAACGUGAAGAUUCUUUUUCAGACAAUGCCUACUCUCGUAAUAAUCAUUACUCAAAAUACAAACGCGACCGAAAGACGUAUGCUGAUAGUGACCGAAGUCAUUCUGCUUCGUCAAGUCAUAGGCGAGAAUCUGGCCAUAGAUCUAGAAAAACUACACAUGAGAGGGCGCCUAAACGUAGUCUAAGAGAUCAAUCACUUAGUCCUGAUGCUGACUCGACGCGUUUUGUUUCACGUUCUCCUUCAUCAUCGAAAUCUCGCAGAUAUUCAUCUUCUUCCUCGAGAUCACCCACAUUAGAAACAUCCACAAACGUAGAACAGUUGGCAUCUUGCCUUCCUUCGGCAUGGGAUGGAGCAUUUUAUCUCAAGUCGAGUAGUUUUCAGUGCAGAAUGCACAUUUUGAGAGGUGACAAAAGCCUUGUUGAUCAGUUUAUGUACCAGGGAUUUAAUUCAGAAGCAUCUGCGCAUUCAAACGAAACUCGGCAUGCAGGUAAGAAGUCGAACAAAGAUAAACAUACGUCACUGGAUGACAUUGAUUCUAGUGAAUCUCAGGAUGAUGCACAUGGUAGCGCUAAAAGUAGUUGUACAAACAAAGACCAGGUAGUUUGUUUACGUAUUACUCAACGAAUGAGACUAGAUCCAGUGAAGUUAGAUGACGUGAAUCAGCGCAUUCAGACAGCUGGUUCCUCUGGGUUUUGCAUUCUUUUGGCUGUACCUCCACAUUCGGUUUUAUGCAGUGAAGUUGGAGAUGGCGAUAAGCAACCGCAAAGACCGCUUCGAAAUCUAAUCGGAUAUUUACGUGCAAAAGACUCCGCAGGAGUGGUUCUUUUAAAUCCUGGUGGCCAAAACUCAAACGAUUCUUCAUCCCCUUUAACUGCAGAAACUACAUCUGGGGUGCUGUAUGCAUUCCCACCAUGUGAUUUUGCUUUGAAUCUCUUGCGUGAAAGUGCUCCGCAACUAGAGAAAGAUUAUGGUAAAGAUGAUCACUUAGCUAUAAUACUGAUUCGUGGGGCCGGAGUUGUGUAG